CUCUCUCUCUCCAACUCUGGUUCGGAGUGGAAUAUGGAAUCUUGAGAUUCGUCGAUUAGAGACUUUCUUGGCAAAAUCUUGAGCUCUGAGCUAAAAUUUCAUGGAGAUUAUCAAGUUUCUGAAAAUGGGUUGGUGAUAGAUCUGUGGAAGAUAGCAGUCAAUCAAGGAAAAAGAGUACAUCAGAUAUUCCUUGACUAGUAUUCGGCCAGGCAGCCUCUUUGAUGCAAUCUUCACAACAACACACAAGAUCCGUCAUGUCCAACGCAUUAUACUAUGAGCCAAUGCAAGACGUUGAGGCCUAUUCUUUGCCUCAAUGUCAAGCUUUGGACCACCAGUUAUGCUAUAGUAACAGCAGCCACGGAAGUCACUCCUUGAUUCAAACUUCCCUUGAAAAGUACUGUACCCUCGAGUCAUCCUCACCAACCAGUUGUUACACUGUUUACAAUUCACCAUCAACCGCCAGUUUCUCACCCGAUGGAAGUCCCAUGUCACAGCAAGACAAUAACUAUGGGUCCCCUGUAAGUGGGUCUUGCGUAACUGACGAUGUCAAUGAAUUUAGGUACAAGCUACGUGAAUUGGAAACCGUAAUGCUCGGGCCUGAUUCUGAUAAACUCGACAGUUAUGAAAUAGCCUCGCCAAAGAUAGAAAGCUGGAGACAAAUGAUGGAAGCUAUCCCCAAAAGGGACUUGAAACAAAUUCUCAUCGCAUGUGCAAAAGCGGUAUCAGAAAAUGACAUGUUGACUUCACAAUGGUUGAUGGCUGAGUUACGCCAAAUGGUGUCAGUGUCUGGUGAACCGAUUCAACGUUUAGGAGCGUACAUGUUGGAAGGGCUUGUCGCAAGAUUGGCCUCUUCGGGGAGUUUGAUCUACAAAUCCUUGCGAUGCAAAGAACCGGCAAGCACAGAUCUUCUCUCCUACAUGCAUAUUCUCUAUGAGGUUUGCCCUUACUUCAAGUUUGGAUACAUGUCUGCUAAUGGUGCCAUUGCAGAGGCAAUGAAGGAUGAAAAUAGGGUUCACAUCAUCGACUUCCAAAUCGCUCAGGGGAGUCAGUGGGUGACUCUAAUCCAAGCUUUUGCAGCCCGGCCCGGUGGGCCACCACACAUCCGUAUUACGGGUAUCGAUGAUUCCACAUCAGCUUACGCACGUGGAGGAGGAAUGAACAUAGUGGGACACAGGCUAACUAGGCUUGCCAAGUCAUUUAAGGUGCCAUUUGAGUUCCAUGGCGCAGCCAUGUCGGGUUGUGAAGUUGAGCUUGAGAAUCUCGGGAUUCGACCCGGGGAGGCUCUUGCCGUGAAUUUCGCAUUCAUGCUCCACCACAUGCCGGAUGAGAGCGUGAGUACUCAGAACCAUAGGGACCGGCUUUUGAGGCUUGUUAAGAGCUUGUCCCCAAAAGUGGUGACCCUAGUCGAGCAGGAAUCAAACACGAACACCGCUGCAUUCUUUCCUCGGUUCCUAGAAGCAUUGGAUUACUAUACGGCGAUGUUCGAAUCAAUUGAUGUGACACUUCCAAGGGAACAUAAAGAGCGAAUCAAUGUCGAGCAGCAUUGCCUGGCACGGGAUGUUGUGAAUGUGAUAGCAUGCGAGGGGACAGAGAGGGUGGAACGGCAUGAGCUUCUUGGGAAGUGGAAGUCGAGGUUUAGAAUGGCAGGGUUUAAACCAUACCCUUUGAGCUCUUUGGUAAAUGCUACCAUCAAAACAUUGCUAGUCAACUACUGUGACAAAUACAGACUUGAAGAGAGAGAUGGAGCUUUGUAUCUUGGUUGGAUGAAAAGAGAUUUGGUAGCUUCUUGUGCUUGGGAGUAGAAAACUGUGCAUUGAUGUACUUUUUUUCUAUGGAUUUGAGACAGAAAGCUGAGGUAGAACCUUUAAUUUUUAUGUGUCGGCUACUAAAAUAGUUCACAAGAAUAGGUUCCCUUGGCUGUGUGCGCCUUUAAUCAAUCAAAAUCAGCUACUUACUUUGAGAUCGUCUUUUAUGUAGCCUCAUCCACAUUAUUUGGGGUCCUUUUAUCUCACAUAUGUGGGAUAAUUUUGUUCCUUAUCCCAGGGAUAGUGGGACAACUUAUCCGACUUCAUAG